AUGAUAAAAGGGGCAGCGGAAGCGGAGGAGGCGGGAUUCGAACCUGUACCGCCCUUUUCGCUGUCCCCAACCAGCAUGAGCGCGGCGCCACGGCCCGUCCUGCUGGGCAUCCGAGACGCGGCGGUGGAGGAGGGCAGCCGCUGCUCCUGGGACACCAGCAAGGCAGGAGGGCGAGCGGACGGGGUCCCUGGCGUAACCCUGGAAUGUCCUCACUGCCGUGUCUGCACUGACUUCCUGGCUCACCUGGUACAGGUGUACUGCCCCUUGGAGGGGUCAUCCUACCAUCGGACUCUCAACGUGUGGGCUUGCCUCCAGCCUGGCUGCUGGGGGAGGAGUGAGAGCUGGAAGGUUCUGCGCUCCCAGUGUGAGGAGACCGUGUGUCGCCAGAGAGCAGCGGAGACGAAGCCGGCUGCUGUCCCGACAGACUGGUGUGAGGGUGCAGAUGACUGGGGUACCGAAGACUUGGCUGCAGCGGGCUCCCUAUGUCCUGGGACGUCUGGGACCCCAUCCCUUGAGCCAGAUGCAGAGACAGACACAGACGCAGAUGAGCAGACGGGUCGGCUGCAGAGGCUGAGUCUGCGGGACGGGGACGAGGAGGGCACGGUGCUCCCUGCUGCACUGGUGCCCAGAUUCCAGCCAUUCUACAUCGCAGUGGUGGAGGAGAACCUGGUCGAGCAGCCUCCUCUCACCCAUGAAGAGGAACUGCUCCACGAGUACCAGGGGAGGGAGGGAGUGAUUCCAGGGCAGACCCCUCCUGCUGGCGGAGGAGAUGGUGCUGUCGCAGAGGCCUACGAGAAGGGAGAAGUCCGACACGGAGACAUGGCGUUUGUCAAAUUCAUGAAGCAAAUUGCCAGCUGUCCUGAGCAGAUUUUACGGUAUUCCUGGAGUGGCCAGCCGUUACUGAUAUCCCCUCUCCCAGUUGGAAAGGACUGGGACAUUCCCGCCUGUGAGAACUGUGGUGGCCGCAGAGUCUUUGAGUUCCAGCUGAUGCCGGCCCUGGUCAGUCUAUUGAGGAGCACAGACGACAAAGAGGUGAGCGUGGAAUUUGGGACGGUGUUGGUGUUCACCUGUGAGAGAAGUUGCUGGUCUCCGGGUAACCAGAGGCCAAUGGAGGAAUAUGCUGUGGUGCAGGGGGAUCCAGAUGCCGCCUUCUUCAGUUAACCCACUGUCAACUCGUUCUAAAUAAAAAUCAGAAGUUGCCUUGCCUUGGUCAUUUUCUGACCG